AUGUCUAGUGUCACAGAUGUUCUUGAUAUCAUUGACAUUGUUGCUUUCCUAUGUACUGUCCCAGGAAACAUCUUCAUCCUUGUUGUAACUCUAAAGGAAUGGUUCAAGAACAAGAGACUUUGUGUAACUCAUCAGCUAGUCCUUGGAAUCGUUUUUUGCAAUAUCUUGAAUGGAUUUCUGGAAAACAUUUUUUACAUUUAUGAACUCACUACAGACGAUACCAUCAAUGAAGAUUUGUAUUUGUUUCUCGUAUUUUUAUUGAUGUUCUGCAACCUCUGGUUUACUACUUGGCUCUGUGUCCACUUUUGUCUUAAAACCGUUGACAUCAACCAAAGAGUCUACAUUUACCUGCGAAGGAGGUUUCACAAGAUGCUUCCAUGGAUUCUCUUUUCAUCUGUGAUUGGGAGUAUCUUGUUCAGUAUUCCCCUUAACUGGUAUAAGGUCAAUGGAUCAUCUCAGAACUUGACACUUAAUGGUUUUUCUCAUAACGUGUCUCUAAAUAAUGUGUCGGAGAACAGUUGUUACUACUGUAAACUUGCCGUGAAUUGCAUAUUCAUCCUUGGGGCCUUUAUCUUGUUCUUUAGUGCGGCUUUGACAAGCAUACUGUUUCUCCGCAGACACAUGAAGCGCGUCCGAGAUUAUGCUGAAGGUUCCGGUCUCUCCAGUAUAGAAGCUCAUGUCCGUGCAGCCAGAACAUUAACCUCCAUUUUGAUCCUUAAUAUCUUAUAUUUUAUUGCCAUGGUUUGUUAUGUAGUAGAAGGACCCAGUGCUAUCACUACAUACCUGUUUUUUAUCCUGGUCUCGGUUUGUGAUGUUAUUUGCGCCAUCAUCUUAAUAAAAGGAAUCAAGACGCUGAAUAAGGCGCUAGCAGACAGUUUAACAUUCUGUCUUUGCGUAGAGACCAAUAGCCCCAGCAUUUCUUAG